AUGUCCGAGUCAUACACAAGCUCCUCAUAUUACUACAGCUCUACCACAAACAACGGUGGCGAUGCCACCAAGAGUGGCCACCGCUAUUCCACAUCUUCUCACACCGAACCAGACGGGACCACAAUUGUUCGUACAGCCCGUCAAGAUCUCGGACAACCCGCCAUCGUCGAAGAAAGGCGUUAUGAUCAGACCGGACAAGAAGAGCUCUCAUUGCCAGGACCAGAAGGGACGUCCGCAGGUGGAGUGCGGCGAAUUACAGACCUGGAUGAGGAAGAUACAGCUGGAUCUGCAGCGAUUGAUACAGGUAACGCAUAUGGUGCCUCAGCCACCGGCCAAUCUAUAGAUGACGAUGUUGACCGAGGUUCAUUUGCAACAAAGGUGUAUGAUCCCAGUUCGGGGGCGUACGAUGAACAUUCCGACUAUGAUACGGGAAGAGGAUCCCGACACCAUCGCGAGAUGAGGGAUGCCAGCGGACGCUUGUUCCAUCGUGAUUUCGAGGUUGAUACGGCGGGGUUCUCGUCUUUAGCUCGGGAGAAGGAGGUUUUCGAUGAUUCUAUAUCUGGUACCAGAGUGCAGCGCGAGGAAGAUGUCGAUGUUUCGGAUAUUCUGUAG